UUUUGCGUCUGCGUCACUUUUGUUAAUCAAACAACAAGCACAACCAGGCAAGCUGAGCACGUUGAGCACAUUUUCCUCUCUGUUGAUGUGUGUACCAUGUGAUUCGAGUUCCAUCAAAAGUUAAUUGAGUUUUGGCUAUAUUAUCUAUUCUGGGAUCGGAAAAAUGGCUAAUAAAAUCAACACAAUCGUUAUUGACACCAGCGCCUUCAUCAGAAACGCCCCUCUCCAGUCUCUUCACUUUUAGAUAAGUUGAAGAUGGAUCGGAACGAGGCGGUGCCGACUCCGAGGAGAAAUCCUCCGGCUCAGUUCAACCUGUCGAGUCUGCCUGUGACACCGACCGUCCCUGAAGUCUCGCUACUACUCGAGCAAAAUGGCUUCCGUCCAGUCAGGGUACCCACGCCCCAAGGUCAUCAGGUUGCCCUCGAUAUCAACGUCCAGGAUGCCCUGGCAGAGCACAACAGCCCUCAACCCUUCAGGGGCUUUAUCCAGAGGCCGAAGACAAGCUUCCCUGUCGCGGAUCAAAUCCCUGACGAGCCAUCGAUGCCUGCUGCCCACCUGGACGUAGUGAAUAAGGCUCCAAACAACUACCGGACUCCGCCGAGUUUCCAGCACUCUCCUCUGGUGACCUCUCCGGCGACCCAUGAAGAAGGUCCGCCCCGGCACCAGGGCGCGAUCCAAGUGGACUACGCCGCGAAUCUCAUGCUCAACGUGGAGAAAAGGCUGCUAGAGCAGCGCGUCAAAGAGCUGGAGGAGGAGAACCGGACGCUGCGAGAGCGGGUUGAGCGGCUGGAGAGCCAGCAGGACAGCCUCCAGCAGGUCAAGAUGGACGCCCUUGCUGAGCAGACGGCGGCCUGCCUGCGUCUGCUGGAGAACCUGAACGCCAGGAAGGUGCAGUUUGAGCGUUCCACGCAGACGGACGAGCCAAGUGCCACUUCUCACAACAGAUCAGAUCAAGAGGAGUUUUACGACGACGCCCUGCGUGCCAUGCAGGGUCUGUUCCCCCCGCGGGACGUCAGGGUGGAGCAAGGGAAGGAGGCAGCCGUCUACGACACGAGCUACCUGCCCAGGGUGCUGCCUGUGGCGACUCCGGAGGCCAGCCCCAGGGUCACAGACAUCAGCGCCCACAUGAAUCAGCUGGCCCUGAAGCACUUGAACCUGAACAGCCCUUCUCUGCAGGUCGACAGGCCCCAACAGCCAUGCAUGACCUACUACAACAACCUGUCCAUGUCGACCAAGCAGUUUCUUGAGAAGCUGAAGGUCACGCCAGGCCAGCAAGCGCAGAUCUUGGAGGAAGACGACGAAGCGGCGCUAUCUCCGAGCCAGAAAGGAUCAACCGACAAGAUCCUCGAUAUCACAGCAAUUAAACGACAGAAUAAACUGCUCUGAGCAGUCGAUGCAUUUUUUGAGAUUUCAUAUCUAUAGUUUUAAAAACGUGCCUUAUAUUACUCCAUUCCAUUUCGAAUAAAUUCUUUCAAAGAGCAAAA